AUGCAGAUGUUAAUGCCUGAACCUCAGACCUUUGUGGAAAGAACUCUGGCUCUCAUCAAACCAGAUGUCAUUGAUAAAGAAGAAGAAAUAGAGGAUCUCAUUCUCCGCUCAGGAUUCCUGAUUGUCCAGAAACGGAAACUCCACUUAAGCCCAGAGCAAUGUAGCAACUUCUAUGCAGACCAAUUUGGGAAAGUGUUUUUCCCUAAUUUAACAGCCUAUAUGAGUUCUGGACCUAUAGUCGCUCUGGUUCUUGCCAGACAUUGUGCCGUCUCAUACUGGAAGGAGUUGCUUGGACCAUCCAACAGCAUAAGAGCUCAGAGAACUCACCCUCACAGCUUAAGAGCACUGUAUGGGACUGAUAAGCUGAGGAAUGCACUUCAUGGCAGCCACAGCAUUGCCUCAGCAGAGAGAGAAAUUAAAUUCAUGUUUCCAGAAGUGAUCCCGCAGCCAGUUCCCACAGGACAAAGCGCUAGGGAUUACUUGAACCUGCAUGUGAAGCCCACGUUACUGGCUGGGCUCACUGCCCUGUGCAGAGAGAAACCAGCAGACCCCAUGAUCUGGCUUGCUGACUGGCUGAUUAAACACAAUCCUAACAAGCCCAGAGUACAACAUCCUGUCACCAAGGAGGAGCAUCGAGGGUGA